AUGGAGACCUCACUGGCGCCCGCUCGAGGAAGUCGACGAUCAACCAUCGUGGGGGAAAUUUGGUGCAGCUUAUCGGAACACAUUAAUUGGGUGAAGCGUAACACCGAACACCUCGCAUGUCCCCAGGCGAUAUGUCUAGGGGUUCUUUUAUAUGAGAUUACCUCAAGCCACAGAGUUUUCGCACAAAAGCCCAUAAUAUUCGAUGCUUUAUAUAGUAACUGGAUUUAUAGCCGCACUAUUUCAAAUGAAUGUCGUCAGUUUUAUGUAAAAAAUGACUGCCACUGA